AUGGGGAGAAAGGUGGGCACGGCCGACCUGAGACCUCCAGUCGCCGGGAGCCUACAGGACGCCAGGAGAAGCUACACCAACUUAAGAAACACCUUUUCCUGCCCACACUGUCCGUAUCUCACCCCCAAGAAGCAGCACCUGAAAGUCCACCUGCUCAUCCACACCGGCGAAAAACCGUACGCGUGUAAAUUUUGUAAUUUCAAGUGCGCCCGGUCUGGCGUCCUGAAAAAUCACGUCCGGAGACAUACUGGGGAGAAGCCUUAUGUCUGUCCGCACUGUCCCUAUCGCUCGGUGCAGCUCAGUACUAUGAAGAAGCAUGUUAGGAUUAUACACUCGUCCAGUUAG